UGCUUGGCAGUUAGCAUCCGCGAUGCGAGCAGUGGUGUCGUGCGUUGUGUUGGUGUGUGUGCUGCGCGUGCGCACCGCGCUCGGCGACGGCCGGCCCUCGCGCGUCGUGAACAUCGACCAAGGGCCCGUGCGCGGGUACCGGGACCCCGACUACGACGUCUUCACCUUUCACAGCAUCCCCUACGCGACUGCACCGACAGGCACCGACCGAUUCAAGGCUCCUCAACCACCGCCAGUAUGGCAGGAACCACUAGAAGCCGUAAACAAGGACAUCAUAUGCCCACAGUUUAUUUUCCCACAUAAGCUAAAAGACCAAAAUGCUCAAGAGGACUGUCUAAUUGCAAACAUUUACGUUCCGGACACAGAUGCCAAUAAUAUCCCAGUUGUUGUUUAUGUACAUAGUGGAGGAUAUGCUAUGGGUUUUGGAGAUAUGGUUAACCCUAGACCCUUGGUAAAUACUAAAAAAGUAAUUAUAGUUACUUUUAACUACCGACUAGCUGGGCAUGGCUUUCUAUGUUUGGGCACAGAAGAUAUACCAGGCAAUGCAGGAAGUAAGGACCAGGUAGCAUUGCUGCGUUGGGUAAGAAAAAACAUUGCCAACUUUGGAGGGAAUCCUGACGAUGUAACACUUAUAGGUAGUAGCGCUGGAUCUUCAUCUGUAGAUCUUUUGAUGCUUUCAAAGAUGUCACGAGGUCUUUUCAACAAAGUGGUACCCGAAUCUGGUGCUAAUGUGGCUGCAUUUAGUACCCAACCAGAUCCAAUACAUGCAGCGAAGGUGUAUGCAAAAUUGUUGGGAAACAAUAAAAACUUUAAAGAUGUCUAUGAAUUAGAAGAUUUUUUCAAAUCGCUUAGUGUUGUAAAACUUAACUCAGUAUUUACUUUAAAUAAUACUGAUGCUACCGCUUUAUUAGGACCUUGUGUCGAACGAGAUAUGGGACACGAAAUGUUUCUGGAUGACAGUCCUGUUAAUAUAAUUAAAAGCGGGGACUAUCCUAAAGUACCAAUGCUUUACGGCUUCAGUAACAUGGAAGGCUUAAUUCGUGUUGGACUUAUGGGUUCGCAAGUCAAAGGUGAUAUGGAAAUGAUGGAGAAAAAUUUUUCAAAUUUUUUGCCCGCCGAUUUAGCUUUUGAAAACGAAGAUGAGAGAAACAAAGUUGCAAACAAAAUCAAAAAGUUCUAUUUUGGAAAUAAAAUUGACGAGGAAGAUGUUUUCGACUACAUCAAUUAUUUUUCGGAUACUUUCUUUACUUAUGCAACAUUAAGAGCGAUCAACCUGCAUUUAAAUAAUGGACAUAAUAACAUAUAUCUUUACGAAUAUUCAUUCACUGAUAUCAACACGAUACCAGUCCCUUACACGAAGGUCUAUGGUGCGAGUCAUUACACGCAGUCUGCGGCGAUAUGGGGUGAAGAUCCAAUAUACAACAUUGAGAAGACAUGCGACGAGUACGAGAAAAUGAGAAACAUCAUGAGAGAUAUUUGGAUAAACUUUAUAACAACAGGUAAACCUGUACCCGAAGGCUCCGGUCUGCCGGAGUGGCCGGCGGUGGGCAGGAAGUGGUCUCCGCACAUGUCUCUGGGUCGGGCGGUGGAGCUGCGCGGCUCGCUGCUGAAGGAGCGCGCGCUGUUCUGGGAGGAGAUCUACGCGCGCCACUAUCGCUCCCCGCAGCCUGCGCCGACGCCGCCACCGAAACGCACCGAAUUGUAGAAUUUUUUUGUUAUGUUAUAAAAAUUGAUGUUUUACAAUGUUACUUGUUGAAAUAAUUAUAGGAUAUCAAAUUUUA